GCCUGGAUGACGGAGCGCAUGUCCCCCACCCUGGAGAGCCAUCAGAGCGAGCUGGUCGACUGCAUGCUGGACCAGAUCAACCAGAUGACGGAGAAUCUCAAACGCUGCAAAAAACACGACUUUAGACUUGCUAUUCACAAAAUGGAGAUUGACCGCAUCCGAUACAUGAUCAGCAGUUACCUCCGCACAAGACUGGAAAAGAUUGAGAAAUUCACACAUUACCUGCUGGAGAAGGAAGGUCGGGUCACAGACGAGAGCUUGGCCACUUUAUCCCCAGCAGAGGUCAACUAUGCGAAGGAGUAUGCCUCGAAUCUGGAGUCCCACUUCCAAACCCUCAUCCUUCAGCACGUCCCUGAGAACUUGCGCGCCUUCGACCCCAACAAGAUGAGUGUGAAGCCCAAUCUCGAUAGCUACGUGUUCCUCAAGGUGAAGGAGACCACUCCAGGGGUGCUAAUCGAGGAUGACACAGGGGAAGGAAGAGACGAGGAAGUCGACCUAGACGAAGGUGGCCAGCACUUGAUGCGCUACAAAUCCGUCAGUCACUUGCUUCAUAACGGAGCCAUUUCCUUAAUAUGAGAAAGAAAGAAGAAAAUUAUUAGCUUUAUUAAUUCAAAGAUAUUGUUGUUAUUAUUAUUAUUAUGAUAGGGUUUUCUGUAAAGUGGAAGUUCUUAAAUCAGAAUCUAUCUUUUUAAUAUAUUAUAUAAUUGUCAA